GGUGGCCAAGGAGUCUUACCAUAUAUGGUCAAGAGCGGGAUGCCAAAACUGCCAACGCACACGUGCCAUAAAAGCCGGCAUCUCAGCUACGUCGCUUGCAGUUUGCGCUUAUCCGACUUGUCUAGUAGUACUUUGUGCGGAAUAAUUUUCGUUGUGCACUCUAAUAAACAAUCAUGUGUGACGACGACGUUGCUGCUCUUGUUGUAGAUAAUGGAUCUGGUAUGUGUAAGGCAGGUUUUGCUGGUGAUGAUGCUCCCAGGGCUGUCUUCCCCUCAAUUGUUGGACGGCCUCGUCACCAGGGUGUCAUGGUAGGCAUGGGUCAGAAAGAUAGCUAUGUUGGAGAUGAAGCUCAAAGCAAAAGAGGUAUCUUGACACUAAAGUAUCCUAUUGAGCAUGGUAUUGUCACCAACUGGGAUGAUAUGGAAAAAAUAUGGCAUCAUACUUUCUACAAUGAACUUCGAGUGGCACCAGAAGAACAUCCAGUCCUCCUUACUGAAGCCCCCUUGAAUCCCAAAGCCAACAGGGAAAAGAUGACACAGAUUAUGUUCGAGACCUUCAACACUCCAGCUAUGUAUGUAGCCAUCCAGGCAGUAUUGUCCCUAUAUGCAUCUGGUAGGACCACAGGUAUUGUUCUGGAUUCGGGAGAUGGUGUCUCUCACACUGUACCUAUCUAUGAAGGGUAUGCUCUUCCCCAUGCCAUCCUUCGUCUUGAUCUUGCUGGCAGAGAUUUGACAGAUUACCUCAUGAAGAUUCUCACAGAGAGAGGCUAUUCUUUCACUACCACAGCUGAAAGAGAAAUUGUCAGAGAUAUCAAAGAGAAGUUAUGCUAUGUUGCUUUAGACUUCGAACAAGAAAUGGCCACUGCUGCAUCUUCUUCCUCUCUAGAAAAGUCGUACGAGCUUCCUGAUGGUCAGGUAAUUACAAUUGGUAAUGAAAGAUUCCGUUGUCCUGAAGCUCUCUUCCAGCCAUCCUUCUUAGGAAUGGAAUCUUGUGGUAUUCAUGAAACUACAUACAAUUCUAUUAUGAAAUGUGAUGUCGACAUUCGUAAGGACUUGUAUGCCAACACUGUAUUAUCUGGAGGAACCACUAUGUAUCCAGGUAUUGCCGAUCGUAUGCAGAAAGAAAUCACAGCCUUAGCUCCUAGUACCAUGAAGAUCAAAAUCAUUGCCCCACCUGAGAGGAAAUACUCAGUCUGGAUCGGAGGUUAUCUUGGCUUCCUUGUCCACCUUCCAGCAGAUGUGGAUCUCAAAACAGGAAUAUGAUGAAUCUGGUCCAAGUAUUGUCCACCGUAAAUGCUUUUAAAUAAAAUAAUUUUAAAAAGAAACAGCUGCACAAAAACUACUAGGAUUUGAUUAUUUAAGAGGAAGAUCCUUGAAGAAAGAGCUAAAUUAUGCUAUGUACCAUCAAGAACAGUUUUUCAUGUUCUUUUUUCCUCCCCAAAGAAAAUUUUAGUUACUGACUUUGCCCCCCCCUCCUUGCAUGUAAAGACUGCUGCAACAAGAGGUAUUAAAUAUGUACAUUUGAAGCUGUCCAAGUGAAGAUUGCGGAGAACCAAAUUGUCAGUGGCUACUGUUUUUCCUUAGUGUUGCAUGAAGGACUUUUGAAUUACUUACUGCUGUACCAGUCUUUUGUCUUAGAUGUAUUUAUAAAUUGUGUUGUAUACUAAGUGAAAAAUAACAGGAGUUUUGUUUAUA